AUGGCACACGGUCCCUAUGAGAAACCAGUCCGGCCAGCAACUAUCAAGAGUGUUGCUGUAAGGCUGGUGAAAGUUGAAGCUACGAGGACUACCAAAUUCGUGCGAAAAUUCAAGGAGCUAGCGAGGCGGGAGCUCUGGACGAAGGACGACCCUGAGCAUAACGUCGAUUGGACAGACGAACGGGUGUGGGAGAAGAUCAAAAAUGAAGGCUGCUUCCACCAGGCAGAUGAGAUGCUUGUCAGUUGUGGAACAGUGACAGUUGAUCAGGCGGAGUCUACGCGGCCAAUGGUGUUGUUGGUGUAUAACAAAAAUAUAGGCAUAUAUCAAUUACCCAAAGGACGCAAGAACUUUGACGAGGGAUACCUUGACGCAGCGGUACGUGAGACAUGUGAAGAAACCGGAGUCGCCGUCAAACCGCUACGGCUUAGGUUUGGGUCCAGAUCGACGCCACCGCGGCUCGCCCCGUUCCAGACCACUACUCGGGUAACCAAGUAUUGUCUAGAGGACAAGCUCACAGGUAUUACAGAGGCACUGAGCAAUGAGAGUAUUGGUUCCAGUGAAUGUACGUUGUCAGACGAUCCGGACCCAGCUACCGGCGCUUGGAGACAUAUCUACUGGUUUGCGGCAAAACCCCAGGGGGAUACAAAACGUGACGAGAACCGAAUGACGGAAGAAGAGGAUCGAAAGAAAUUUUCGACUUUCUGGUUUUCCGAGACGGAGGCAAUCUCCCGACUCAAGCUAGAGGAUGAGAAGUUCAUGGUUCGAGUCACAUUCGCUUAUAUCCGUAACAUGACUGCGGGCGACUGGGCUAGCAACCACGAACAAGAGGGAUGGGAUGGGCUAAGAAAUAAAUGA